AAAUGGCGUUCCCUUUUUCUGCCGAUUACAUCAAUACUUUUAAUAUAAAUAACGAAGAUGUGGAAAAUGUGGAAAAUGUUUCAGAGAAGGAUUAUUUUCCAUUUGAUCCAGACGUGGCAGAUGUAGCUCUAAUUGUGGAGGGAAAGAAGUUACACGUCUCUAAAAUGGUGUUAAUGGAUGCGUCGCCAGUUUUUAGGAAAAUGUUCACCGGGGAUUUCAAAGAAAAAACUGCAACGGAACUUGAGCUUCCUGGAAAAGAAUAUUCUACUUUCGUUUUGUUUUUGAGAUGCAUAUUUCCGAGGGAAUAUAUAAAGAUGACGGAGAGUCGGGUUAGAGAUCUCUUACCAUUGGCGCAUGAGUACGAUGUCAAAUGUGUUUUGAGGGAAUGUGAAACUUUCUUGUUGACUGAACUUGAGUUCAAGAAAAUAAAAGCACCUUUUCAUUAUGUUAGUGCGGACAAUGAUGUGGAAUAUUGUAUGAAGUGUCUGUACUAUGGCUCAGAAUACGGCUUGAAUGAGAUUUACGACAACGCCUUUCAGACUGUGAUUCCAUACAAACUUGCACGAUAUGCAGAUAAUGAAUUUUAUGAAUUGCUUCCAGAGAAGAACAAAAGAGAACUUCUUCAAAGUCGACUUUCCAGCAUAGAAAAAGCAGGAGAAAAUCUCACAAACGGAUCCACACUAUCCUUAACACAAUCUGUGUUUGGUUUUGGAUCCGUACAACCGACGAGAUCCAAUUCUUCCAUAAAAUAUGAUCAAUCCAUUGCAGUCUUUAAAUGUCCGAGUGAUUUAUUCCUAUAGAAAAACAUAACGAAUAAAGAUCGCAAGCCGAUUGAUUGUCAUGUACAUGUAAUCGCUUUCGCGUUCUGCUCAAUAAUUUUGAGCAAACAAUAUCAGAAGACGGGAAUAUCCAUAUCUUGUGAUCAGUCAUUCAAAAAAAUGACUUUGUUAAACACCACUCUGAUUCUGCGCACAAGAGCUCUUAAGUUGAUAGUAUACAGGUGCUGGAGUUCCUAGCUCAUUGGCAAUAUCUACUGGGUUUUGGUGAUCGAAUUGUCAUGCAUGGACACAAUUUGUGCUCCUUUAUUACAUGUAGCUGACCUGUUUUUAUAUUCUUAUGAGGCAAAAUUUAUUCAAAAGGUUCUACAUUAGAAGACAAAAUCUCUUGUUGUGGCCUUCAACUCAACCUUUACGUACAUCGACGACAUUUUAUCUAUUAACAAUAUUCAUUUUAUGUUAAUUCCAUAUAUCCAUGUAAACUCGAAAUAAAAGACAUAAAAGAGUA